GGCUAUCCACGUAACAAUUUAUUUUAAAGUUGUGAGCAGCAGUUCCCCUAUGAUAAUUAUCGAAUAUGAGUAAUAUCCACCAGUUUGUCGUUCUGUUUUUAAUCCUGAAAAUUAUUUAUGAAGGUCGGAUGUUCUGCCUUUAAAAGCUGUUUGACAGAACACCGUGGGCUUUUUUUUUAUAGGAAAGAUCUCAAGCAGCUGAAGCUGGAAAUUAGUUCAAAGAGUAGUGGGGAAAGUUGUAGGCUAUACUAAACAUUCUGGCAUGGGGAGAGACAAAUGGUGUGGUCCAAGAGUUAUGUUCUUCCAUACUUUAUCACAAAUGGAAAUUUAUAUUUCUUAAAAGUAUUGUUUCAACAGAAAUUGAUAUGAAGAGCGCGAACACAAAGGCGGCGAACAAUCCCGGUCCUGCAUUUACUAGAGUAGUGUUUUUGAAGAGGGGAGGAAGUUGCUCUCCCUCACUCUAGUUAGUUUCCUGCGCAAAGGGAGCAGCGUUCGCUUGUGCACCAUAGUACUGUAGUAAAAGAUGUAAAGAUGGCGGAGCUACAAAUGCUUUUGGAGGAAGAAAUUCCAGCGGGUCGAAGAGCUUUACUGGAUAGUUUCACAAAUCUCGAAAGGGUUGCUGAAUACUGCGAAAGCAAUUAUGUUCAGUGUCCAGACAAGCAGCGUGCCCUGGAGGAGACCAAGAACUACACCACCCAGUCUCUGGCCAGCGUGGCCUACCUGAUCAACACUCUAGCCAACAAUGUGCUCCAGAUGCUGGACAUCCAGGCCUCGCAGCUGCGACGCAUGGAGUCCUCCAUCAACCACAUCUCGCAGACGGUUGAUAUUCAUAAAGAGAAGGUGGCGAGAAGGGAGAUUGGUAUCCUGACGACCAAUAAGAACACUGCCCGCACCCACAAAAUCAUUGCGCCAGCCAAUCCGGAGAGACCAGUGCGCUACAUACGCAAGCCUAUUGACUACAAUGUUCUGGACGACACCGGCCAUGGAGUCAAGUGGUUACUAAGGUUCAAGGUCAGCAGUCAGAACAUGAAGAUGGGCGGGGCUCUCCCCCGCACCACGCCUCCCACUCAGAAGCCCCCCAGCCCCCCUAUGGCGGGCAAGGGCACCUUAGGGAGACACUCCCCCUACAGGACGCUGGAGCCAGUGCGCCCGCCCGUCGUCCCUAACGACUACGUUCCCAGCCCCACACGCAACAUGGCUGUCGCCCAGCAACCCAGCCCCGCACGCACGGCCACCCUUAACCAGAGGACUCGCACGUACAGCAGUGGAAGCAGUGGGGGCAGCCACCCCAGCAGCAGUCGAAGCAGCAGUCGAGAGAACAGCGGGAGUGGCAGCGUGGGGGUGCCCAUCGCCGUGCCGACGCCCUCCCCACCCGGAGCCUUCCCAGCCUCUACUUCCGGGGUCACAGGCACCUCUGCUACGCCACCUAACUCCGCACCACCCUCCUCCUCCUCCUCCUCGUCCUCCAGCACUGCCGCCGCAACCCCCGCCCAACCUAACUCCCCACCCGCAGCACCCGACCCCUCUCCCCCCACUAACCCCGUCCUUGCAUCCGAGGGUCAGUCGGCUGAGUCUGAGGCCCCCCCUUCCUCCCAGCCCCCCCUCUGUGCGGCCACUGCUGCAACCUCCACCACCACCCUUGUGCCAGGUGGCAUGGUUCCCCAGUUCUACAGUAUGAACCGACCUGUCCCCAGACAGACCUCUCCCCCAGUGGGGGGGUCUCUGCCCUAUCGUCGGCCCCCCUCAGUGACAGGCCAGCCCAUCCUCCCUCAGAGCCAGAGCCAGGUCCAGAGCCCCAGCCAGCCCAACGGAGGGCCUUACUACAACCAGAGCCCAGGCUCGGUGGCUCCCCCUCCCCCCUCCAUCCUGCAGAUCACCCCCCAGCUCCCUCUGAUGGGCUUCGUGGCUCGGGUUCAGGAGACCAUCUCCGACGUGCCCCCCCCGCCCCCCCCAGCCGAGGAGCCGGUGUUUGAGGAGGUGGAGCCUCUGCCCCCUCCAGAGGGCUACGAGGAGGAGGAGUCAGCCGUGGUGGAGUACAGCGACCCCUACGCUGAGGAGGACCCCCCCUGGGCCCCACGCACCUACCUGGAGAAAGUGGUGGCCAUCUACGACUACGCCCGGGACAAGGAGGACGAGCUGUCCUUCCAGGAGGGCGCCAUCAUCUACGUGAUCAAGAAGAACGACGACGGCUGGUACGAGGGCACGAUGAACAACACCACCGGCCUGUUCCCUGGCAACUACGUCGAGUCCAUCAUGCACUACGCAGAGUGAAGCCCCGCCCCUGUCUCCCCCCAGGCCCCUCCCACAGCCUUGUGGCGUGGUGGACGGACUUGGCGUCAGUGGGAUUGAUGUGAAUCGUGUACAUGCAUGGGGGAGGGGGGAAGGGUGUUCAGAGAGAUGAGGGGAUGGAAGAGGAAGAACGCUGCAGAAGGACUCUUGAAUUGGUGGGGGACAACAAGAGGAGAAGAAGAGACAAGACCCUGUUGCUGUGGUUUCCUGUCGCCACUGAAGGAGACAUGGUACAGAACUACACUAUUAAAAGUCAAAAAACGUGUCCAAAAAACGACAAUAACAAUCAUUUGUGUGAGAGCAGAUGACGGACCCGGUUGUAGCGCUGUAUUUCCUGUGUUGUGAGCGUGCUGCUGACGGCUCGUGCCGAUGGUCCUCCUGUCCUGAGAAAAGCUGGUCUCUCUGGUCACACCUUCAACUGUUCUUUUCUUUGAUUGUGGCCUGAAGUCAUGUGGGGAGGGGAGGGCUCCUCAGAGCCCUGUGCUGUUGGUUUCUCGUUCUUUAGGACAGACACUACGAUUACCAACACACUACGGCACGGUGUCUGCAGUAGCCUUCCCGCUGUCUACCAACCGGCAGCAGUUCAGCCCAAAAGUAUUGAACUGUUCAGGUUAUACGACUCUUAACCAUUUCUUUUUGUACAUUUUUUGGUAUGUAUCUUUUUCUUUUCUCGCUGGCUCUGAAUAUUCUGUACUAGUGGACCUAACCAGAUUGCCUAGUGGACUAUGAAGAUGUUGUGUACUGUAUGUAUGUGCUUCUUUGACUGCAUGCUUGCUAAAAUAGACCUACCGGUUUCUUUCUUUUUUGUUGCUUUGAUUUCACCAACUUGCUUUACUAAACGUUUUGCCAUCUAGAAGAUAAUGUUUUUAUAAGUGGUUAUCGGUUGUUAUAUCCUUUAAUACAUAGUUUCAGUCAAACUCUCAGAUGGUGUUGGAUAUUUUGUGCCAUAUUGCGAUGUUGUAUACGUGUGUGGGUGUGAUUGUAUGUGUGUGUGAUUUACAAAACUGACCAACCAUACCUUGGUUCAGUCCAUGGUUUCACUUGUGGUUCCCUCACUAAAGGGAAUGGGGACCUACAAAGCAGUAUUUGAUCCUUUUUUAAGAAGCAUUCAAAUAUAUAACAUGAAUAGAACUCACUUGCAUUACAGAUUUGACUGGGAAGUUGUUUGUCUUAAUGCCAUAUUGCAAGAAUUGUUUGACAUUAGGUCACUACAGCAAUAAAACUGAACUCAGUUUUGUUUUGGCAAUAAUACCUGGUAGAAUGUGAUGUCAUCAGAAACUUACUUUUGUAAGCUAUUGAGUAACAAAAGCACACUGUUUUUAGAGUGAAGUGAAUGUGAGAUGAGAAACCAAGAAAACACUAACUGAAAACUAUAUUUGUGUUAAUCCGAAUACGUGUAUAUUUGAAGGACUGUAUUGCUAUGACAGUGUUAUAUUUUGGGAAAACUUUAAUCAACCCCGAAAAAGAGCAGCUUGACAACUCUGAAGGAUCUGAUGAUGAAACCUACACAGGUCUACUGGGCUCCUCAAAGACGGCAUCCAUACAACCAGGUUCUGUUUUUGUGUUUGAGUUUGGGUGACACAUGCUUUGACAGGGGAUUUCCAGAACAUACUGUGUCUGUCAAAAUGAUAUGAAAAACAAUAAAAUGGGAACUAUUGAUACUUGA